UGUCAAAGCAAAAAAGGCGUAGAAGAAAACAUUUUUGCACGAAUUCUACAUACAUUCUAAUUUUGGGGCGGUGUGUUAAUUGUAAAUGUACAAACUUGAGGCGUGCAAAGUUUUAUAAAGUGAAUUGCAAAUACCAUAAUAAAAAGUUUUAUUAUCGCAAUCAACAACAAAAAACUUCAGUUCGGUAUAUUUCCUAACCCGAAAACAGACAGCCGCUACCUACCGAAAUAUCACGGAAACCGCAAAGCUGGGCGAAAAACUAAAAAAGUUUGCCUUUUCUUAUCGAAAAAAUCCUGUUGAAGUGAUUGUAGAUGUAAAAUACAGAAAAGUUUCAUUCGCAAAUAAUUAAACGUCAAAAAAUGUAAAAAUUCAGGAAAGAUAGCAAAUUUAAUGUGCCCAACUGCACCUCGAUCUUCAGCAACAACAAACACGUCGGAAGCGGCAGAGCCACACCAAACACCUCAGCAAAGUGUCACGGCGGACAAAGCAGCACAAGCACCGAAAUAAAUCAAAGACUCCAGUUUCUGAACGAAAAUUGUUGAAGACACCACGAAUCGUGCCAGUGUUUUGGUAUUUGAAUUAAUUCAAAUUGAUGAAUCAAGAUUCAGUUUUGGCUAAAUCUCCAGCGUCAAACACGCAAACUACGCAAACUUCGCUUUGCAUUUCAGAAUCGUCCACAAUUAAGCAGCAAAUUGUAAAGUUACCUGCAAUAAUGUCUCAUUGUAACUAGACAGAUGUGCCAAAUAUUGAGGAGUUAAAUACAUUCGUGUCCAAGAUUAACCACUAAAAAAGACUUUGAGUGCGGCCAAACUUUGGAAAAAUAAAUAUCUAUAUACGAGGCAGCGCGUUUAGAUGGAUCGGAUCGAUUGUGAUUAAACAACAACAGCAAUACGUAUUGUUUUAUGAAAAUCCCAAUUUUAUGAAUCUUUCUUAUAUAUCUAAUUAAAAAUAAGGAAACCCUCCCAACUAGUCAAAGGCAAAAGAAAAGUAAAUUUAUAAAACAACAGUUUAAGAAUAGAGGAGAAACCCAUUAAAAAAGACAAGUGAUUGAAACAGUUGCAUUUAACAUUACGUAAAUUCUUUGCGGCUCUACCAUUCUAGGCAAUCUAGAUUUGCCAUUUCCUCGCAUUAUUAAAGGAUCUCUUCAUCGUGUAUAUCAUACAUAUAUAAAUACUCGCUCACACACGUUCCAUAGAGCCCAAUCGUUGUGAAAUAAAUUCAUAUAAAAUGGGCAACAAAAAUUCCUGCUGUGCUUAUUCCAGUCCUCAAUCAGAUCGCAAAUCAAAAGACAUACCACCCGUCUAUGAGGAGCGUCAUCACGUACAUAGCAGCCAUCACAUUUCUUCAUCACAACAUCAGCUAGAUGGUCAUAUUUCUGCUUCCACAGCGGCUAUUCAUCACAGUGCUGGUACACUGGACAAUCCGCAUAAUUUACAACAUAUUUCAGAACGUGAGGCGCUCGAAGGCGAUGAUGAUCCUUCCGUUGACCCAACAGCGGCCACUAUGUUCCUCGAACGAUCCAAAGUCGAAAACGGUGGUAUUUCACGUAAGCGCUCCCAGCAUCAAAUCGCUCAACAGGCGGCGAAUUCAACUGGUGGUGGUCUGAAGAAAAGUUCAUCUUGCUCCACCAUCUAUUUGGAUGACAGCACUGUAUCACAACCAAAUCUCAAAAAUACAGUGAAAUGCGUUUCACUCGCCAUUUAUUAUCACAUCAAAAAUCGACAGUCCAAUCGUCGGCUAGAUAUUUUCGACGAAAAGCAGCAUCCUCUUACGCAUGAUGCUGUUCCUGAUGACUAUGAUUCGCAUAAUCCGGAACAUAGACAGAUCUACAAAUUCGUGCGCACGCUCUUUAAUGCGGCUCAACUGACUGCUGAAUGUGCCAUUAUAACGCUAGUCUAUCUUGAGCGUUUGCUCACUUACGCGGAAUUGGAUUUGGCACCAUGCAAUUGGAAGCGUAUGGUUUUGGGUGCCAUACUGCUCGCCUCCAAAGUGUGGGAUGAUCAAGCUGUCUGGAAUGUGGACUAUUGUCAAAUCUUAAAGGAUAUCACCGUUGAAGAUAUGAAUGAACUUGAACGCCAAUUCCUUGAGUUAUUGCAAUUCAAUAUUAAUGUGCCCUCAUCCGUCUAUGCCAAAUAUUACUUUGACUUGCGUACGCUCGCCGAAGCGAACGACUUGUCAUUCCCAACAGAGCCACUCUCCAAGGAGCGUGCCCAAAAGUUGGAGGCCAUGUCACGCGUUAUGCAGGAUAAAGUGACUGCCGAAGCAUUGAAGAAUGGAAUGAAAAAGUGGUCAUCAAUGGACAACAUAAGCCAAGGCGGGCCGCGACGUUCUGUGGCUAUACUUUCGUGAUUUUCGUUAGUUUAUUAGAUAGCAUUUGAUAAACUAAGGUUAAACAAAGAAGAAGUGCGUGAAACAUUUAAAUAUUUUGAUUAUCAAAUAAUUAUACGCACACUUUAGAAACUCACAUUUCCUCACGCCCAUGGGAAACUCGUAACACACGAUUUGUUCAAGUACGCAACUUUAUACGUACGAAAACUUUUGAAAGUAGAUUCUCAGAGAGAGGAAAGUCAGCAAAGAAGUACUUUGGUCUUACCAUAUAUUGCGAUUUCAUUUUCAUUGGAGACUGCAAUCAAGUUUCAUGCGAGAAAAGUUUCAUCGUAAAAUAGCUUAUAAAAAUCACUCACUCCCUAGUGCGGGCACAAUUGCCGUCAAAAUGCGUCGGGCAUUUCUGAAAUGCAAUGAUAAUGCUGUCAUUACUUCCACUAAAAAUACUUAUCUUUAUUUAUACCGUUUAAUCAAAUGCAAAGCUCUUGACUGGAAUCACAAACCAUAAAUAUUAGAAUCGCCUACUACUUUAGCUGCUUGUAUGUAGCUGUAAAUUACCAAGGAAUUGUCCUUUUUCAUGAGAUUGAAAUAUAUUUGAAAACCUAAUUUUAGAGUCGCAAACAUGCCUGCGAACUCGAGUGAACACACAUAGGGUGCAUACAAUCGCAAUACGAUGUGGUUUAAAGCAAAAAUAUUUUUAACGGGAAAAAAGUGGCAGACGCUGUUGAAAUUUGUUUGCUUGCAUUGAGUAAAGGAUAUCCUCACGCACAGGAAAACAUCAGAAAUAUAUGCGAAAUAAUCUCAAGAUACGAGUACAUUUGCACAUUGGCACUUCCGUUAAUAACCUGUAGCAGUAGCUAUAUACAAUAGUUUGUAUUUAUAAAACUCGAAUUGUGCAAACUAAGCGCUAAAGACCAUUUUAAGUAGCUUUUAAUAAAUGUUAUUCAAGUAUAAAUACAGAGAGAAGACAUACAUAUGCGAACAAAGAGGUGCGAUAAGAAGUAGAAUAUUCAGAUUUUAAAAAUAAAGAAUCAGUGGCCAAAAAAAAAAAUUUAAGUAGAUUACGAUUUAAUAUGAAUGAAAACACGAAUUGUAGGCUUUAAAAAGCUUAAUAAGACUCCAAAAUACGCAGAUAUUUUUAAUACUAAGGGAAAUCAUAAAUAAAAAAACACGAUUCAACGUCAAACAAUUAUUUCAUAAUCAAGAUUAUUUUGCUGUGCUAUUGAUACAAAAGCUGUAGUGGCUUUGGAAUGAAAAAUGGACUAAGGAAUUGCAUUAAGCUUUUUCUAUUUUUUAUAUUUUGUAAAACUAAAACUUUAAUUUAUCAGACUUAAACGGACUUAAGUUACCAAAAUCAUCGAAACUAAUACAUAAAACAAAGAAUUGUAUAUUUUUUGUAUAAAAAUUAUUUUUGUGAUCAUAAAAAUGUGUUAAUGCAAUUUCACUCUAGGUGGUUUUCAAAAAUGCGUUUUAAUUAUCGUAUACACCUAUUUUAAAAUCUUAAAUCUAAAAAAACAUUUAAUUGUUCUUAAGUAACACUAAAAAGUAACGAACAAAAAUAAAUUACUUGAAACUCUUUAAGCUCAUAACAUUACUGCAAAGUAUCUAUGUAAGAUUUACUUUUGUAAACAUAAUAAUGACCAAACGCAAUUGCAGAUUUCAACGGAAAAUUCCAACCAU